AUGCCCCAUGAAGUUGAGAUGACAGUUGAAAAACUUCAAUCUGAUUUAAAAAAAGAAGCUUUUUUUUGUUUUAUUGUUACAACAAAAACUGAUGAAGGAAAAAUAGUUCCAGCAGGAAUGAAUCUUUUUUUCUUAGGAUAUUCAACAUGGAAGGGUCAGUUUAUUCAUAUGGAAGAUUUGUAUAUACGACCAAACUAUCGACGUAGUGGAUUAGGAGAAUUUUUAAUCAAACAUCUUGUUGAUUAUGCAUUAUUAAAAAAUAUUAAAAGAAUAGAAUGGGCAGUAUUAGAGUGGAACAUCAAUGCCAUUAAUCUAUAUAAAAAAAUUGGGGCUGUUGAUAUGCAUGAAAAAGAGCAAUGGGUUACAUACAGAUUAUCUGGUGAACAACUAAAAGCUUUAGUUUAA